AUGGACGAAGAUAUUAAAUCGUCUUUAGUUUCUAGCGAAUCUAGUGAUGACUCUGAAGAAGAUUCAGAAAUAGAAGAAGUUAAAUUUCCAAAGGAAAAAGUUAAUUUCAGAAGGCAAGGAAAUGUGUUUGUAAUAACUGAUUUCAGACAAACCCGGGCUGACAAAAUUCGAGAGGUGAAUAUGCAGCUAAUUCCUUUGGUUAGGUCACUUUUUAUUUAUUCUUAUAUGUUUACUGCUUGCUUGUGAUUACUUGUUUUUAUCUAUCCUACAUUCUUUGUAGUAGGCUGCACUGGAGGGCUUUUAUGCUAUGUUAAUUAUUUAUGGCGUGCCUCUUAAUAGAUCUCUGAGGACAAAUACCCUAAUAGAAAACUUAUUUUGGCAUACUCGAAAAUCUAAAAUCAAGAUAUAAAAUGUCUUUUUCGAUUUUCGCAAAAUGUCAAAAUAAGUUUUUCUAUUAGAAAUUUGUCCUCAGAAAUCUAUAGAGAGUAUACACUAUAUAGAUAAGCUCCUUGCAGAGUCAAAGGCCACUACUCGCGUCCAUUAUCUAUCCACCGCUUUUUGUAGUCUGGUCACAGCCUUCCACUGUGUGCUUCUCACAGAUGAAGGCUUGUACUCGCUACCCUUGAGUUGGGGACACUAGUUACAAUGCAGUACAUCAACUGGAUUAGCUUCAAGAAAAUUCAAAAAUUGAAUUUUCUGGUCGCCUGACGACCGAGAUGGAAACCCGUAGCCCAAGACGCAACGUCUGGCAUCGCGUGGAAAACAUUCCCGAUUGGCCAAGAGACUAACUUCUGGCGCAAUAGGGAUAUCCCUUUCCAACUCUGAGAUUCCUUUCUCACGGGGUAAAAAACUGGUUUGAAAGUGGCAUGCGAUUGGCCAGUCUGGCAUUGCACUCCACCACGCCAGCAAAAACUGGCCUGAUACACAUUCAUGAAAGCUACCAUCUCUUCCACAAGGUUUCUGGUCUCCUAGGAACCUCCCUGCUACAGGUGUUAUUUUAUUGUAUAUGCUGCUCUGGAGGACAUUAUGAGGAUGCACAUGUAGUGUGUGGAAUUUAUCUUGGAUGCACUUUUAUUUUUGAGUAUAUUUCAGCAAGAAAAGUUGUUAAAAUCAUUCAGCCAUUAAGUGGGCACACAAAGCUUACAAUUACUCAGCAUAUCAAGCUCGUCACAAGCGUGCUGGGAAAGCUUGAUAUUUAUACAGAUUUUUGCUUUUUAUCAAUUGCCAAUUCAUGCAAUAGUGUUUUAUCUCCUUUUUCUCUUAUCAUCUUAUGUGUUUUAACUGCGAUUAUGAUAUCUCUCCAAGUAAGAUCUUGGUUUCGGCAAGACAUUUUAGGCUUUCAAAUGACUGAAUAUAAUGCAUUAUAUGAUUUAUUGGGAAAAUAUGAAACCAUGUACUUACUAAUAUCUUUUGGAGCGAGCAAGACCAUUUGCUUGCCUGAGGAGAGGUUGCUUUCAAUUUUAUAAAUACUUGAAAUGUAUUCCAAAUUUAAUUGAUAAAUAAAUAGUGAAAUUUGUCUAGAAUUUAAUAGAUGCAUCUAAAGAUCUUAUUAUUAUAAUAAUUAUGAAUUCAAUAUCAAAAUAUUUUUAUAUCAAAAACUCAUACCCAAAUAUCAUACCAAGGGGUUUAUUUACUAAAAUUAAGAUUUAACCAAUGUUUUUGCUCACUAAAAGGGGUGAGUUAGAAGGCGAAAAAAGUCAAGAGCACAAGCGAAAUUGGGCUAAAAAAACCAGCAUUCUUCCAGCAAUUAAAUUUUUUUCUGAAGAUAUAGGACAGUUUGUAAUCCAAAUUUUAUUUUUAAUAGAAAUGAGAACAUUUAACACCUUAGUCUGUGUAUCCUUAAGUGUUUCUCUUUCUAUGUCAUUUCUACUUUUAGCAUUUACUUAUUUGAAAAUCCAUCUUUUUAAGCCAAAUUUAGCAAAAGAGCAAGAAUUUAUGCAUGUAGUGUCUGUACAGAUAAAAGAAAAUAACCUUGAAGAGACCAAGAAAUUGCUAGGAGGGCGUGUUCAGUUUAGGAAAUAUGAACAUGAAACUCGAGCUGAAGUUUUAAAAGUGGCUGCUGCUUAUAGUUAUGACAUAUUUGACUAUAUUGUAUCAACUUUAAUACAAAAAAAUGAUGCAAUUUUGCAGAGUGAAACUUUCCAUAUGAAAAUGCUAACAGGGCUUAGACAAUGCAAAUUAUAUCCAGAUGUGUUGAUAAGGUCUUUAGAACUUUUGAGGCUUGGAAAGCACAUUUAUAUAAAUGUAAAUAAAAGAAUCAGCAUUUCUAGUGAAGGAACAAUUUUGCACUGCCUUGUAGAAGACCCUUAUUUUAUAGUCAGAACUUUGAAAAACAAAGAUAUUGAUCUAAUAAAAUAUGUGGUUUUAUUAGGAAUUGAUGUAAAUAUCCCUGAUAAAUUUGGGGAAACUCCGAUAACACUGGUGGCAAGACUAAAUGUAGGCACUUUAAUUAGAAGCUGCUCAACACAAACAUUAAAAGAACUCUUUGAGCUAAAUGGUAUAAGCAUGGAAAAGGAAGAAACAGACAUAGCUAUAAAAAACUGGGCAUUCAGGGUUACACAAUAUUUAGUAGGAAAUGGUGCUUUAUUAACUCACAGGAACAGAAAAAAUAAAAGCGUCUUAGAAAUCGCUGAAGACGCAUCUAAUUCUGAGCUUUGCAAUUACUUAUAUGAGCAGUUCGGUUUGAAAAAUGAAUUCAAUAGAAAAUCAGCUAUAUAA